AUGCUCCGCCCAAAGAUGAUUAAUCUUUCUCUUUUAAAUGGGCAUCUAAUAUGCGGAUUAUGUGGUGGCUAUUUGAUCGACGCAACGGUGCUAAAAAAUUGCAUUCAUGCCUUUUGUCGAAGUUGCAUUCUCAAGUACCUUUCUGAGUUGAACAAAGUGUGUCCGCUUUGUCAGACUCUAAUACAGGAGGGUCGUCCACCUGAUGGACUGGAAGCAUUACGGCCUGAUGUUACUCUUCAGCGCGUGGUCUAUAAGCUUGUGCCGGGUCUUCUUAGGGUGGAGAUUGAUAGGAUUGCUGAGUUUCAUAAACGCUACGCAAAAAAUCCAUCGAAGGUGACGCGUGAAGUGCGGCUAUCCUGUAAAGAGGCACAGGCCUUGGAAGAUUCGACUUCAGCUGAUCACCUUGGAUCAGGUCUCUCCUCUCCAACACCUACUCCACUGGCCACUCGUUCUCUAUCACGCAGCGUAUCCUAUCCCUACCAAUUUUCUGGCCAUCACUCAGUCAAAUCGUUCCCCCCAGCUACUUCGAUCUCCUGCCUGAUCGACACAACGGAAAGUGUCAGUCUUUCCUUGGACCCCUUAAAUCCCGUACACACUCCUCCGUCUUUGUCUUCCCCCUCGGAGGCUUUCUUUACCACCGUGUACCUCCUUUGUCCGGCAUCAUGCACCGUAGCUCACUUACAACGUCUUUUGCUGGCCAAACACGAUGACAGUGCUUUUCCUGGUCGCUGGACUGUGGACAUAUUUCUUGAUUGUGAGUACUUGGAGCCUGCUCACAGUUUAAGGGAGCUUGCUUUCCUCUACGCCUGGCCAACUCAGCGUCGAAUGUUGCCCCUGAUGUACCGCUUUUCCGACAGCCGAGCAGUCUGGUGGGGCUCUCCCAUGCCACGUCUUGAUCCCCCUCCGUUACCUACUACUCCGCAGCCGGUCAAAAAAAGGAAACGUUUUUCAACCUAG